AUGUACUCCAUCAAACUAUCGCUCAUUGAUUUCACCCUCAAUGCAGCCCUCCUACCUUCUACGGUCGCGGGUACCCCCGACUUCAACCACCUUUUGGUUACUUUGAAAGAGGACCUCCGGUUAUUUGCAGGACUUGAGUGGCUUUUCAUUUCCGCUUCCUGUUUUGCCUCAUUAUUCUUUACAACAGCUUCAAUUUUAGCAUCAGGGGUCACUUAUCGCGGUCAAGACUUGUCUGUCAAGGAACUACUAUCAAGGGCCGUGAAAUCGUUGAAAAGACCAUUUGUUACUUGGUUUUACAUAGCCCUACUUGAUUUAGGCUUUUAUCUAUUUAUUAUAGUCUUUCUGCUUCCCUUGUUGCUGACUUUUGGUCUUACAUAUACUACGCCUGCUUUCUCCAAAACCGUAUUUCUUUUAGCUUUGGUUUUCCAGGCCUAUCUAGCUGUUGUUUGGAAUUUAGCACUCGUUGUUUCAGUACUCGAAGAAAAAAGUGGCAUCGAGGCACUAGGGAAGGCUGGACAGCUUAUAAAAGGAUCUACGCUACGAGGAUUUUUCCUAAAUCUUUUGUCCGGAGCAUUCUCUCUUUUGGUCUUCUAUGGUUGGCACAAGACUGGGACAACAGUCAAGUCACUAAAUGCGGCAAUGAUUCCAUUGCUCCUCAUGAAUCUUAUAUCCUGCUUCAUCAGGAUGUCCAUGCUGAUGAUUUAUACUGUCCUUUACCAUAAGUGUAAGGAGACUCAUGGAGAAGAGCUUGAAAUGCAAGGAAGCACCGAAUAUACGAAAGUGGCCACAUCUGCAUCUACCCCUUUUAUCAGUGCAGAUGUAGCAUGA